AUGUUGCAGUAUUCUGCAAAUGGGUAUAUAGUUUCUGUUAGCAUUGACAAUGGCAGAAAAAAAAUCACUUUUAUUAGAGACUUGGACAAUAUGAAGGAUGAUUACACACUAAAAGUGUCUAUCAUCCGACUGUGGAGAUCGCUUUCAGAUGGCAACCACACUAUUGUCAAAUCAAUUGAGAUGAUACUCAUUGAUGAAAUGUGUACAAAAAUCCGAGCAAGUGUGUAUCCAAGAGUUUUUCAAAGGUUUGAGUCCAAACUGAAAGAAGAUCAAGCUGUUUACAUCCGGUCCCCCACUAUCGUUCCUAACAGAUACACUUUUAAAAUAAGUGAUGUAACCUCCAAGUUAAAUUUGCAUGCAAGAACAACUGUUAACGAGUGUCUACACUUUCAAUCCAAAACAACAUAUGGCUUUUCUUUUGUUUCUUUUGAAACAAUUAUCUCUGCAACAGCUACCUCUAAUGAAUCAAUUGAUAUUAUUGGUGAAGUUGUUUCAUUAGGAAAGCUUGAUUCCCGUGAUGUCAGCAAAUCUCUACAUAGGCUGCCUUUACAAAUCAGAAACUUAGAAGGUUUGCAGGUUAACAUUACAUUGUUUGGAGAUAUUGCAUACCAGUUAAUUUCUUAUCUUGAAGCUCAUAAACAAGUUGGUCGUGUGAUUGUCCUUUUGCAAUUUGCAAGAAUUAAUCAACACCUUCUGUUAACAGAUAUUAUGAACAAACACGGAUGUUCAUAA